AGAAUAAGGACAUAGACUUUACACACUCAUGCACACACCGCGAGCACAGACUGCUGCAAGAUCACGACAGCAUUUGGAUUAUAACUAUGACUCUGGAAGAGGUUCACAGACAAGACAACACGACGGAAAACAGUGACAGGGUGCAAAGUGCAGGCGAAGCGCUGGAAGAGCUGCUGGUCGCCGCCAAGAAGCAGGACUACCUGACAGUUGGAGUCUACGAGUCCGCCAAAGUCAUGAAUGUUGACCCAGACAGCGUUGCAUUCUGCGUCCUGGCCACGGAUGAGGAGUACGAGUGUGACAUCGCGCUCCAGAUCCACUUUACCCUCAUCCAGGCGUUCUGCUUCGAGAACGACAUCAACGUUGUGCGCGUCAGCGACAUGCAGCGCCUGGCAGACCUCGUGCGCGCAGACGAAACCGGCGAGCCCAAGGACCCGCACUGCAUUCUUGUCACGAGUCCCAGUGCAAACCCAUGGAAGGAUCCUGCUCUGGACAAGCUGUCUCUGUUCUGCGAGGAGAGCCGCAGCGUGUACGACUGGGUGCCCAGCAUCACUCUCCCAAAGCGCUGAACCUACAACCCACACAACCUGCUGAUGAUGGUGAAAAGAAAGUCAAGGAGCUGAUCUUCAGCCAGAAGGGGUUUUGAGCCCUUCUGCCUCACUUUUUGAGGGAUUUGAGAGGCUGCGGUUGUAAAUCCUCCCCUGCAACAGUGUAACCCUUCCACUUCUGUUUGGGUCAGCACUUUGGUUCUGGAUUACCCGGUGGAAGAGGUUAAAGUUUGGAGGUCAGCUGUGGACCAGGUGCACAUCAAGUGUACAGAGAGUCUGAUAGACACUGUGAAGGAGUUGGACUGAGCAAGAAAUGAGGACAUGCAGUGACCCAGGGACAGCCUUCAAUAACAGGCACUGGAGAAAGACAUGGAAGACUACAGAAGUUAAAGGACUAAUGAAAGUAUGGUGCUAAAUCUAUAAUCAAUAGAGAAGCAAGAUGCUGGUCCUGAAGAAUGCUGUCAGAAAUGGACUUGAUGGGCUUGGACUUGAUGGACUUGGACAGCUGUCAGGUUGUUCUUGGAGGAAGCGAUGACAUUGCUUGCGAAUUCUGGUGUCAGCUGUCUGUAUGUGACACUUUUACAUGGACUAUUGUUGUUUCUUUCACACAUGCAGACAAAACAAUGCAAUAUGAAUUUGAAUUGUACUAGUUUUAUUUUUUUUUUAUUUUUGGAAAAUAAACUUGCAGUUAAAUGCA